GGUUCGCUGAGUCCAAAGAACCACCUGAUUCAUGGGCUUUUUCAUCCCAGUGUGUGAUGCUGUUGCAGUCUGUGUUGGCUGAUUCAGGAUCAGGUGUUAGCUGAGCUGACUCAGCACCAGCUAGGAAUCAAAUAGGCUCAAUGUCUGACUGAAUGGCGCCGUCAACCUGCUAAACCCUUGGGGAGCGCAAAGGUUCAGCUGGAUUAGAUACAGGUCAUUGACGAGCACGAGGAGCUCCCCAGAACAGGGGAAUGCGUGACUUCAGUCAGGCGUUGGGUAGCCUGAGACUAGGCCUCAAACACAGCCCCUUCAAAGCCACAAUGCUUGCUCUACUUUUUACACUGUUGAUGUUCUCCGGCUUGAGGAGUGUGGGAUUGAGACUGUUCUCCAUGGCGACAGAAACCUAUGUGUCCGGAACCCACUCUGCAGCCUUCAUUACGUGCCCCAACAUGGAGGUUGCUAAAGACAUUGCGCGGGGCGUUGUGCAGAAGAAGCUGGCAGCCUGUGUAAACAUUAUCCCCCAGAUAACAUCUGUAUAUGAGUGGAAAGGGAACAUUGAGGAAGACAGUGAAGUUCUGCUUAUGAUUAAGACACGAAGUACCAAAGUUGGCGAUUUAGCGGCGUACGUACGGUCAGUUCACCCUUAUGAAGUGGCGGAAGUUAUCAGCAUGCCAAUCGAUCAGGGAAACCCGCCUUACAUGAAAUGGCUGAGCGAGGUGGUACCGGAAUAAACUCCUGAGCGUCUGACCGGAGGAAGGCCGCGUUUUGCCAGCGCAGUGGCUGCCGGAGACACGUUGCCCUCGGGCCCCGUGGUGGUUUUUUUUUCUGUCCUUAACGUGCCUGGCAGCUUCUUUCUUUCUUUCUUUCUUUCGAAUUCUCUCCGCUCCCCGUUUCCCUUCGGCACUCGGCAACGCGACCUAAAUCCUGCUUCCUGUCCACAGCCUGCCCGUGAGGUUUGAAAAGCUUUUGUGUGUCUUGUUAUUUUCUCUGUGGCGAGCCCGUAGAGAACCAUGUGGCCCGGUGACUCAUCCCACUGCUGGAUUGUGUUGCGUGGUUGCUCCGAUCGUCUGCCGAGCAAUGGCCACUGCGCUGAAGGACUUUGAGGUAAUUGGACAGCGUUGUGAGGUGCUAUAGAGGGAAAAUACUCCUCCCUUGUCAUGUGCAUGGGCCUCACUAACACACUGUUCUGUUUAGUGGUAGCCCCUCUGUUAAUUUCUAAUUAAAAAUUCGACCUGG